AAUCUCAAAUCUGAAUACGACGCAAAUCGCAGUACUGAAUACGCAUGCUCUUUUUGGUGUUUAUCGUUAAUAUAAUUACACAAAUUGAAUUGUGAAAAAUAAAAAUGAAAUCUGUUGAUAAAAAGAACAUAAAGCAACAAAAGCUAAAAAAGAAACCGAUGGUAAAACCAAAAAAGGAGAAAGUCUUGGUGGUAGCACAAGAGUUUAAGUUUGCAUUGCUACUUUCUGGUAAUGAUAAAAAAACCCGUGACCGUGUGCUUAAAUCACUGAAGAAAUGGUUAACUAAUUGUUUCGACAAGAAUUACGCUUUUAAAGAGGAUGACUUCAUUAGAGUCUGGAAAGGUUUGUUUUACGCAAUGUGGAUGUCUGAUAAACCAUUAGUGCAGGAAGACUUAUGUGAAAGUAUUGCUAAUACUUUAGACCUGUUCCCAAAUGACCAAUUCAAAUAUGCAGUGCUGAUGACAAAAGCGGGAUUCAAGGUGCUGGCUCUGGAGUGGUAUGGGUUAGAUCAACACCGCUAUGAUAAGUUCCUGAUGCUCGUCCGUCGGUACUUGCGUGGCAGUUUCAGAUGUUUGCAGCGCAUGGAGUGGGAUGUGGACAGCUGCAAGCUAUAUGCCGAUAUGUUGUCCAAUGAUGACGGGCUACUCUCAAGAAAAACCCCGCACUACGCGAGGAAUGCAAGUUCAUUAAUACAACAUCUAACAGAGUGUUAUCUAGAAGAGUUGUCUAAGGUAUCCAAAGGCAAGAUCCCCGAGGAGAGCCUUGUGGAACUCUUGGAGCCGUUCCUCCUCCAAGUCUGUGGCGACAACCUGACUCUGAGCAUCUCGUCAAGGCAGCUCCUCAAUGAUCUCAUGAAACAGAGUGAGCCAGGCUUGAAGUACACAAGUGCUUUUGAAGCUUGGAGACAGAUGGGUUGUCCGGCCGGUGGACCCGAAGCUCUGGAAUUGCAGUCGGACGAUGAGAAUGGUGAAGAUGAAGUUGAAGUUGAGAAUAUGUCGACGGCGCUGGAUCCCCGGGCUGGUCACGUGGACGUGGUGCUCACGCCACUGCCGGUACCAGCGCGGCUUCUGGCCGCCAGGAUCAAGGAGCUGAUGAGCAGCGCCUCAUCCAGUUCAUACAAGCGGGCGCGCCAGUGCCUCCAACGAUUCGAGGAUCUGUCCCGCGACAAGUACCCCCUCGCAGUGAGGACUUGGGAUGCCGAAGGUGUGGAGUCGCCACUGCGAGCCAAAGAUAAGCUGGAAGCAAUACAGUCGCUCAACACCCUGGAGAAGAAACUGGUCGUGGACUCAGAUGAGCUGGCGAUGAGAGGUCUUCGCCGCAAACACAGGAAACGUUUGCUUGCUAAGAGUAGAGCCGGGUUGAGUAUCGUGGAGGAUCUACAGACAGACACAAAAACAGAUAGUAAUACGGAAGUGAAGAAGAAACGCAAACGUGCCAAAAAACGUAAAGGAGACAGUGAAAAAGUUGAUGUCGUUGUUAAAAAGCCUAAAAUUAAUGUUAAACAAAAUAACACGGAAAAGAAAGAAGUCAAUUCUAAAAUGAAAAGAAUUGAACCAACAGUAGAGAAAACUUCCAAAACUGAUGAUAGAAAAACAAAAUGUGAUAAAUCGAAGAAAAUUAGUUCUGUAAUAGUGGGAAAAAAUAAACAAACAAAAAGUGUUGUCAAUAAUAACACAGAAACAAUUAAAAAAGAUAAAAUAGUUAAAGAAAGAAAUAGUGUCAGUGACAAAUCAAAAGUAGUUGAUAAAGAUAAAAGUAAAGAUAAUAGCACUAAAAGCGAAAUGGUUAAGAAAGAUACUUUAAGAAAAGUAAAUAAGUGUAUUACUAAGAAUGUUGGGGGGAAAGUUAAAAAUUAUCAGAAAAAGCUUACUGAUAGUAUGAGUACACCAAAAAAGGUGAAAUUUGUACUGAAGAAUAAUUGUAUGCAGGGAACUGGAGAUUAUUACAAGAGUGUUCGACAGAGUCCGAACAUACCUUACGACGGCACCAAGAUUCCGUCAAAAACUAAUCUAAAACCGUCGACGCCUUCACCUAUAAAUCCGUUCUUUAAGAAAAAGUUGAGAGUUAGAAGUUAGUGAUUUGUGUUUUGUUAGUAAAUGACAACAGUUAAGUUUCUGUUUCAAGUAAUUAUGAUUUAUCUGUUUAUACAUAAUGUCUUAUCUCACUCGAAAUAAUAUUUUAUCAAUUUGGAUAGUUUACAUCAGGCUGUAACCGUAAAGUGUGAUCAGGCGAUUAUUCAGUAACUGUUACAGAUACCAAAAAAAUUUGAACUGAUAUUGAAAGCAUGUUACCUAAUUAGUAAAAUUACAUAAAUAAUUUUGUAAAAAUCAAAUGAGAAGUAUCCAAAAUUUUUAUAUUAAACACUCCCAUUAUUCCUAACAUUUGGUAUGAGAUUAGUAGAAAGGUGUUCGCUUCCUUAUUUAAAAAGUUAUUUUAGCCUUGUACUGAUAUUAAAGGAAACCAUUUAUUAGCCUAACAAAGUAAUAAAACUAUCAUUUUAUUUUAUUAUAUUUAUUUCUUUGUAAGUACAAAAUUUUGUAUUCGAAGAUACGUCCUUAUUGUGCGAUACAAUGACCUUUCUACUAAUCACAAACACACAAAAAAUCAUCAAAAUCGGUCCAGCCGCUGAGGAGUUGGUUCAAUUGUGAAUCUAAACCAUCCUCGAAUCCACUUGAACACACCCAAAAUCGGUCCAACCGUUUAGGUGGAGUUCACUGUCAACACACGUACAUAAGAAUUAUAUGCAUAUAAAUAAAGUUAAUAUCCGAGUAGCAUGUUAUGCACACCGUAACAAAGCGACGAUGUGACGUCAUCGAUGUCAGGUCCAGAGAUAAUGAAAUUGGGUAUUAUUUUAUUGGAUCGCUUUGCAAAAUACAUUUAUCACAUGCAGUAUUAGAACUUGAAAGAAAACUCUAAAUAUGCAAGAUUUAAAUACGGUCGCGAAACAGAAAAUCUAUCAAUAUAUUCUAACCUAUGUCGAUGUUUAGGUCCCGAUAGAGAUCGCUGUAUCGAAUGUACCAAGGUGCGUGCAACCCCAGUUCAAUGAUAUGGUAUGGUAUAAUCGGGCUAAUUUCCGCCACUCGACGCCUGCGCGUCUAAUUUACGUGUGCGGGAAUAAAUAUAUUCCUCCAGAAACCGCAGCAACCUCCUCUCCUUCCUAAUACUUCUGGGAGUUUGUUUGGGGUACCAAGAUUGUUGCUACACCUGGACAAUGAGUUCAAUGACCUAAAAUCUUUCCACUUCGUGACCGGAUUAUAGCAAAUGGCAAGCAUUUAAAUUAUUAAAAAGUCAGCUCAUCAACUGCCUGAUUAGUGAUUUUAUAUUUAUUAUUUAUUUAAGAAACAUAUCUUUCUUACUGAAUAGUUAAUUUUAUUGUAACAUAGUAAGGUUACACGUUAGAAAGAAUUUUAUUGGUCAAUCACUGUAAUAUUCGUUCGCGACUGUAGCAGCGAGAUAGGCGACCAAUAGGGCGUUGACCAAAACACUUUCUACCGCGCGACCGAUCCCGAGUUUGAAAUGAAGUUAUGUUGUAAUUAAUGAAGUUACGUUUAAUAAAUAGUGUUUUACUCACA